CAAGUGUGGACAACUGUGGAGCUGAGCUGAGUGGAAACGCACAUAGAAGUGCAAAGGCAAUACGAUUUGCAGACAGGUGCGCCUUUCUAACCGGGAUCCUUUCUACCCUGGCCUGCUGAUAACAUUUCCCACUUUUCAAUGCAACCCAAAUCCUCUGAAUGCACGCCGAUUAUUAAUGACAGAAAAUGAAGGGAGCGACUAAAUGCGCGAGCGCUUGAAUCGCCUUUGUGCAGUUUGGAAAAAACUUUGAGCAGCAGACCGUCCGAUCUUUCGGUCUUUGAGUCCGAGCGGACGCAGCAGCAGGAGCCGCAGCAGGAGGCUGGAUGAAGCAUGUCACCGGACAGGAUGAUGAUCAUCAUUGCACUUUUGCUAAAUGUCUUUUCUUACGGAAGUGUUACCGUAUCUGCAUCCUUAGACUGUUUGGUGGCAGAACAGGGCUGCAUCCAGGAGCCAUCCUGCAAAAGCAUCUAUCGACUGCUGGAGUACUGUGCAGCGGAGGAGGCCGUGUCGCCCCUCAGCUCAGAUGCCCGCCUGGAAUGCCUGGAGGCCCAGAACUCACUGCAGCAUUAUCGCCCCCUUCAAGUCUGCAAGUGUCAGCGGGGCUCUCGCAGAGAGGAGCACUGCCUGAAGGUUUACUGGACUGUGAGAUUUGCAGCAUAUGAUGAGUAUGAAGUGUCACCAUAUGAAGAGCUGAAGUUAAACCUGGUGAGGAACAUAGAAGUAUCACGUAUGGCCUCCAUUAUGGCAGCUUCAUCUGCUGUUGUGGAUGGACAGAACCAGUGUCUGAAGGCUGCUCAGGACUGUGGCCUGUAUGAGAAAUGUGGCUCGUUGCGGUCAGAGUAUGUAGUAGCUUGUACCAAGCGAGCAACAGCCACUGACAACAGCUGUAACCGGCAGAAAUGCCACAAAGCCCUGCGGCGCUUCUUGGAGCGUGUGCCAGAGGAGUAUAGCUUUGCUCUACUGUUCUGCCCCUGCUCUGACACUCUCUGUGGAGAGCGCCGGAGGAAAACCAUUGUGCCGUCAUGUUCUUUUGAGGAGAACGCAAGAGGGGAGGAAAGAAUUGGAAAACCAAACUGCCUCAGUCUUCAGAAUUACUGCUCCAGAGAUGAGCUUUGUAGAUCCCGGUUUGCAGAUUUUCAACAUAACUGCCAGUCUUCCUCUCUCUCUGCCUCUGGCUGUAUGCGAGAAAGCAGAGCCAUGUGCCUCAAGGCUUAUACUGGACUCAUAGGAACAAUCAUGACUCCCAACUAUGUGAGCAACAGCAGCACAGAGGUAUCCCAGUGGUGCACGUGUGAAGGCAGCGGGAACGAACUGCAGGGCUGUCAACGCAUCCAGUAUCUGUUCAGCAGCAACUUAUGUCUAAACAAAGCCAUCAGCUCCAUGGGAAUCUCUGCGCCUCCUCCCAUGGAGCACACUCCAGUGCCAGUUUCUCAGCCCUCUCCUCGCGUCUUCCAGGAGAGGGUCCAUGUUAGCGUCAAUACGCUUCCUGAAUUCAACAGUAUGGGGGACGGCGAGCAAGAGGGGGAGGAGGAAGAAGAGGGAGCGAACGAGGAGUUUAACGUUAUCCCGCCGUAUUCUGAGAAGGACUCUGGCACUGAAUCUGGUGCCAGAGGGAGUCAGCGAGGAGAAGCUAGCCAAGCAGAGCUCGCUCUGCCAUUACUGCUGCUGCCAGCUCUCUUCCUGAACUGGGAAUGUUGGAACGACUAAGGCCUUUUUUCUCGGUGUCAGAGUCGCCACCAAUGUCGAAUCCAUUGAAGCACUCACUGUGAACCACUGUCUACGGUUACAGAAAAGACAUGUAAAUACCUCCAAACAAGUUUAUGUUCCUUUCCUUCUAAGACUGUAAAGUAUCUCAUCUUGGUUUAUUUUUUUAUUCAGCUUGAGCUCAUUCAACAUUUCAACAAGAUAUGACUCAUCCUUCAAUAUAUAAGCUUCCUUUCCGAAAGGAAGUAAACAAAGGUACACAAUAUGAGUGCAGGGGCAGAGAACCGUGUGGGCAAAAGCUAUAUCUAGAGUUUGCCCUUUCUUAAAGUGAGAAGUACAUAUACAGUACUUCAGUAAGAAGAAUGUCACCCAAGGCUACAAAAACCAUACACUCAACGCAAAACCAUACCCAGUCCACCCGUCUGCAACCAGGCUAGAGUGCAGCUUUUGAUUUUUAUUUCAUAACUCAUGUUGCAUCCAUUUUUCUGCUGCCCCUUUGGCUCUUCUUUUCUCUUCAUCAUACUGUGGUUAAGAAAGAGGAAACGGUUUCUAACAGGCUAAUAAAAAAGGAAGCCACUUUGUAAAAGAAUGUUUUUAAAAAUUGCUUCAUUUAAAAAGAAAAAAAAACAGGGAUGAGCUUCAAAAUGGUUUGCUGUCACAUUUUCUUCAACGAUUUGCACUCAACCCACCAAAAAGCAUGAAAAAGUAGUCUUGUGGGGUUUUUUUUAACGCUGUGCUUAGUAUUAGAAUUGCUCAGAAAUCAACCGCGGGCUAAACUAAUGAGAUCAAAAUCCAUUGUAGAAUCUGUGUGGGGAGAAAAGCAACAUAAGCAAUUACUGCACAAUUCAAAUUGCUCGCAUGUAUUGUGGUGGGGGUGGGUGGGGGAGUCUUGAGUAAGGCUCACGGGAGAAAAAAGCCAAUUUGCUGCUGUCAUAGCCUCUCACUUUUUAUCCCUAGGAGAUCUGGUUUUAGUGCUCCCUCCAAAACAUGUACUUUAAAUGUUUUGAAAGCAAAAUGAAGUGAUAGGGAUGGAACCAGGAGGGCAAAAAGCCUGCUGGCUGCUCUCGUCAACAGGCAGCACAUUUAAUUAUUCUCUCAUCUUGAAAUAUCUCUUUCUGGUGUGAAUCAUUUUCCUAUGAUGGUUCGUUUUCCUCUGAAAUUAGGGAGCGUUUUGGACAGAGGUAAAGAGAAGAUUUUGCAGAAAGAAAAACCAAGAAGAAACCAGCGAAAUUCCCUAAAGAUUUUUUUUGUGUUUGUUUUAAACUGAAAAUUCGUCAUCAGGAUCUCACAAAUGAGGGAAAGGCUGUAUGAGCCCACAUUGUCUGGUCUUAUUUACUUGACAGUUUAUUAAAAUGAAGGCCAAACAUAGGAUGCAAAUGGAGGAAGACAGAAAUGCCCUGGAAGCCUACAAGCGGUGCUUCUCCAAAUCCAGUUUUAUCUUAUCAGAUUCUCUAGAAGUUAACUUUAAACUUUAAUUGGAUUCUGUCUGUUUAAUAAAUAUACCUCGACUGUUACUUGCUGUAGGGCAAAGUAACAUCAUGCUGUUAUUUGACCAUCUCCUUGCUUACAGUAGCUUAGAAGUAAACUCUUCAGUUUGAACAGCUUCAAAGUCCAAAGCAUGGACAGAAUAACCUGUUAAGCUUUAAUUUCCUGUCAGCUCAGUCAGUUAUAUAUGAUAUACAGAAAUGCUCUGCUGGUCUAUGGUUAAAAUACUUACUCUUCUCAGUAAUCCCAUGCUGAGUUGACCUAUUCUUCAAGAUGUUUUAUAUAACUAUCAAAUCGUUCAUUUAAACUUUAAGACCCACUUCAAUUCUAAAUACAUUUUCUUGAGCCAACUACUCAAGACAUUCCAAUCAUGACUCUAUUUGGUUUAAAACCCAUCCAUGUAAAUUAUGAGCUACAGAGUCCUAAUCAGAUCCUUUGUGAAAGUUUCAAUCAAUUGUUUCCAUGCACAACAUUUUCCCAAUCGGAUCUAAACCUUGAUCAUGAAUUCAAAAUCCUGUUUAUAUGGACACUCAGUAAAAUGAUCAGAUGUGCGGAAUUAUUAGAUUUUCCGGAAACACUUUAGUAGUAGAAGAAGAAGCCUAUUUUGUUAAAAAACCCAUACUUGUCCGUUCAUCCUCAACUUUAGCUAUUCUUUGUGCUUGCCAUUCACAUUCUGUCUUCUUCAGUCAUGUCCAUUAAUGUAGUUUUUUACAUUAUGGACCAUUGUUGCAUCUUUGUGUUCAUACUUCUUUUUUGGAUGGGCAUUUUAGUUAAGUUAAGGGCUCAGCAGUACCAUAUGCUAAUGCUCCUUUUCUACAGUGUUAGAG